AUGCCCCCUCAAAGAAAUCGCCGUGCUCGUGCCCUUGAGGACGAUGGAUCUGAAGAGGAUGUUCGUCCUCGUCAACGCCGGCGCAACUCUUUGGACGACCAAGAAAACGAAGACGACCUAGACGACGAGGAGCGUGACGACGAAGAAAUGAACCAACACCCUGGCCGGAGCGCGGACGAGCAGAUGGCCAAGAAGUUGGUUCGAUAUGCGAUUUCGUGUGAAUAUUCCAGAACAACCAUCCGAAGAGAUGGUAUUAAGGAGCGAGUUCUCGGUAACCAAGGGCGCUCCUUCAAGCGCGUCUUCGACUUGGCGCAAAAGCAACUACGAGAGGUCUGGGGCAUGGAGCUACGAGAGCUGCCCGUGAGGGAGAAGAUGACUCUCCACGAGAAGCGCCAAGCAAUGAAGAGCCAGUCGCAGCCCAAGGCAAACUCGAAUGCCUUCAUCCUCACAUCGACAUUACCAGAAGCCUACCGAACCGCGGCGAUCCUCCAACCGUCCAAAACCCCAAGCGCAGACGACGAAGCCACAUACUCAGCCUUUUAUACGCUUGUUAUCUCAACCAUCUGGCUCAAUGGCGGGGAACUGAGUGAGCAGAAGCUGCAACGCUAUCUCACACGGCUGAACGCGGACCAGAAUGUUUCUAUGGACAAGACGGAACUGAUACUCAAGAAGAUGGAGAAGCAGGGAUACGUGAUCAAGAGGGUCGACAAACCUCUCGCGGGCCAGGACGGAGAUCACACAAUCACAUGGCACGUCGGCCCGCGCGCAAAAGAAGAGGUUGGUCUGGAUGGAGUCAUGGGCAUGGUGCGAGAGGUCUACGGCGAGAGCUGGGGCGAGGACAUGGAGAAGAAGCUGCGCUCGAGUCUGAACAUCAAACAUCAGCGCGUAGACGGCGAUGAGCAGGACGAGCCAGACGGAGACACCACCACGGUGGAAUGA